ACGCAGUAGCCGCACAAGCAGCGAGCUGAGCUGAGGGAUCUAUUGUUCCUCUAGCUUUUUUAUUUUUUCUGCUUCACUCAGACCUCAUUCUUCUCCACUGACCCAGAGAACACAGUGAAGAAGAAAUAAAAGGAGGGAAAAUAGAGGAGUAAGUGGAGAAAGAUAGAGACAAGUGGAUUACCCUUUCCUGGAGGAACCGCGUACAGUAGAGUGAGAGGGACAAUAGCAGGCACACUUUCCCCUGUGCCGCAUCUUCUCGUGCAUAGAUCUCCUGCUGAGUGUGUGUGUAUCGUGCAGGUCUGUUUGGCCAGACAUGAUCCGUGUGGAUCUAUCUGGCCGGGCUGAAGCCAUGGGGCUGGCCAGCAGGGCAGCAGGAAGAGGGGGCACUUCAGCAGGGGCUCUUGCCACCCUCUUCAGAGUAGCACUGCUCUUUUUUGGGCUAUGGGAUGUCCAGACACAAACAGUCACCAACACAAAAUCCACCUACAUCUGGCAAACAGGGCCAUGGGGUAGGUGCAUGGGUAGCGAGUGUGGUCCGGGUGGAAGUCAAAGCCGAGCAGUUUGGUGUGCCCAUUCCGAGGGCUGGACCACGUUACACACCAACUGCCAGCAAUCGGAGCGGCCCAGCAACCAACAGAGCUGCUUCCGGGUGUGCGAUUGGCACAAAGAGCUGUAUGACUGGCAGCUAGGGGCCUGGAACCAGUGCGUGCCGGUGUCUAUGCGCAAUGUGGGCGUGCCAAGGCCAGCGGUGUGCACUCGGGGCGAAGAGGGCAUCCAGACGCGGGAAGUGGGCUGCGUGCACAAGUCGGAUGGCAUUCCUGCGGAAGAUGCCAUCUGCGAGUACUUUGAGCCCAAGCCACGGUUAGAGCAGGCCUGCCUUAUCCCGUGCCCACGCGACUGCGUGGUGUCCGAAUUCUCCCCAUGGACGUCCUGCUCCAAGAGCUGUGGGAUGGGUCUGCAAAACCGCUUGCGUUGGGUUUUAUCCCCACCACUUUUUGGCGGUUCGGCUUGCCCCAACCUCACAGAGUUCCGCACCUGCCAGCCGGACCCCUGUGAGGGUGAGGAGAGCCUGUACAGCCUGAGGGUGGGACCUUGGGGGCCCUGCAUUGCUUCACCUAUACGACAGGCCCGGGAAACCCGAGAAGAUAGAGAGUUGAAACAAGAACGUAAGGCAAAGCGGGACCGGCAGGCCAGGCAGGAGCGUCAGGGCAAGCGGCGCAAAAACAAAGCGAAAAAGGAGGUGAAGGAAAACAAAGGAGAACGUGUGAGGGACAGGGUCAGGGUGAAGGGAAGGAUGAGGGACCCUGAGACCCGAGAGCUCAUCAAAAAGAAGAGGACGAGGAAUCGUCAGAAUCGCCAGGGCUUGAAGUCCUGGGAUCUGCAGGUGGGCUACCAGACCCGGGAGGUGACGUGUGUUCACCGAAGCGGAAGCACAACGGUGCUCAGCCAUUGUAACCAGCAGACUCUUCCUGUGACAUAUCAAGCCUGUGUCAUCCCAAAGGACUGUGAAGUGACCGAGUGGUUGGACUGGUCUGCCUGCUCAAAGGAGUGCUACGAUCUGAAUGGGCGUAAGGGACAGAGGACACGCACGCGUCAGGUGAAGCAGUUCUCAGUGGGUGGAGGAGCCGAGUGUCCUGAGCUGGAUGAGAGUGAACCGUGUUCUCCUCAAGGAGAAGGAAUCCCGCCAUGUAUAGUGUAUAAUUGGCGAACAACAGAGUGGAGUGACUGCAGGGUGGACGUGCUCCUCAGCCAACAGGACCGUCGCCGGAGCAACCAGACAGGGCUCUGUGGAGGCGGGGUUCAAACCAGGGAGGUCUACUGUGUUCAAGCCCCCACUGAAACCUCAUCUAACCUCAGCUCCCUCAAGAACAAAGAUGCCUUGCGGCCAGUGAACAGUGACCUGUGUCUGGGCGUUUCUCCUAACACCACCCAGCUCUGCCAUAUCCCCUGCCCUGUGGAGUGUGAUGUGUCCUCCUGGAGCGCAUGGGGGCCCUGCACCUUUGAAAACUGCCAGGAUCAGUCCACAAAGAAAGGUUUCAAACUAAGGAAAAGGAAAAUCAUGAAUGAGCCCACAGGUGGCACAGGAAAUUGCCCCCACCUGACAGAGGCAAUUCCCUGUGAGGAGCCCAGUUGCUAUGAAUGGCUGCUGGUGAAGCUGGAAGAAUGUGUGCCUGACAAUGACAAAGCAUGUGGACCGGGAACCCAGAACCCACAAGUACAGUGCAUCAACAGUGAUGGUGAAUAUGUGGACAGGCAGCUGUGCCGGGACGCCAUUCUUCCCAUGCCUAUGCUGUGUGAGGUGCCCUGCCCCAAAGACUGUGUGCUCAGUCCCUGGACUUCAUGGUCUCUGUGCUCCAAUACUUGCUCAGGGAAGAACUCAGAGGGCAAGCAGACCAGAUCACGCUCCAUUCUGGCCUACAACGCUGGGGACGGUGGUGCUGUCAAAAAGAAGCAAUCAAGGAAGCGCAUUAUCAUUCAGCUUCCAGUUAACGGGGGCCAAGACUGUCCAGAAGUGCUCUUCCAGGAGAAGGAAUGUGGUGCUGUCAAAAAGAAGCAAUCAAGGAAGCGCAUUAUCAUUCAGCUUCCAGUUAACGGGGGCCAAGACUGUCCAGAAGUGCUCUUCCAGGAGAAGGAAUGUGAUGCCUCAUCUGCUUGUUCAGGCUACAGGUGGAAAACCCACAAGUGGCGCAGGUGUCAGCUUGUGCCCUGGGCCAUUCGUCAGGACAGUCCUGGAGCACAAGAGACAUGUGGACCAGGACUACAGGCUAGAGCCGUAUCAUGUAAGAAGUUGGAUGGUGGACCUGCAGACGUUGCGGCCUGUCUUAAGUUUGCGGGUCCUAUGCCUCAACUCACUCAGUCCUGCCAGCUUCCAUGUCAGGAUGACUGCCAGCUGACUACCUGGUCCAAAUUCUCAUCCUGCGCUGCUGAUUGUGUGGGUGUCCGAACUAGGAAAAGGACCCUUGUUGGUAAAAGCAAAAAGAGAGAACAAUGUAAAAACACACAGAUGUAUCCUCUGAGUGAAACCCAAUACUGCCCCUGCAACAAGUACAAUGCCCAGCCCGUGGGGAACUGGUCCGACUGCAUCCUGCCCGAGGGUGGGCGAGUAGAGGGCCUUUUGGGUAUGAAAGUGCAAGGUGAUAUCAAGGAGUGUGGCCAGGGUUACCGCUUUCAAGCCAUGGUGUGCUACGACCAGGACAACCGCCUCGUGGAGACGUCACGUUGCAACAGUCACGGUUACAUAGAGGAAGCGUGUAUCAUUCCAUGUCCAUCUGACUGUAAGCUCAGCGAGUGGUCAAACUGGUCCCGUUGCAGUAAGUCCUGUGGCAGUGGAGUCAAAGUACGGUCCAAGUGGCUUCGGGAGAAACCUUAUAACGGUGGCAGGCCCUGCCCCAAACUGGACCAUGUUAAUCAGGCUCAGGUGUAUGAAGUGGUACCCUGUCUGAGUGACUGCAGUCAGUAUGUGUGGGUGGCUGAGCCGUGGAGUGUCUGGAAGGUCAGUAAUGUUGAUCUGAAGGAGAACUGCGGGGAAGGUGUACAGACGAGGAAAGUUAGGUGCAUGCAAAACACUGUUGAUGGACCUUCAGACCUUGUAGAAGACUAUCUCUGUGAUCCAGAGGAGAUGCCGCUUGGAGCCCGAGAGAGCAAGUUGCCCUGUCCUGGGGACUGCGUUUUGACUGAUUGGGGCCCUUGGAGUCAAUGCCUAUUGCCAUGCAAUGUCAAUAGUACAAGACAGCGGACCGCCAGCCCUAUACGUCAGCCUGGGGAAGGGAAACAGUGUCCUUCAACUACAGAGAAAGAAACAUGCACCCUGAACACCAACUGCUUCCAUUACUCCUAUAAUAUUACAGGGAAGCUCUGGAGAAGGAGAACUGUGAUCCAGGCCUCUCAGGGUGAUGGGCGGCCAUGUUUCUCACAGCUGGAACAGUGGAAGCCCUGUCCUGUUAAACCCUGCUACAGCUGGAGAUACAGCACCUGGUCUCCAUGCAGAUCUGAGGGUGCACGGUGUGGAGAGGGCCUGCGCUUCAGGAACGUGUCCUGCUUUGUGUCCGAUGGCUCGGGGAAGGAUCCGGGCAGUAUGGUGGAUGAGGAACUGUGCGGAGACCUGGAGCAGACAGUGGAUGAGGACAAACAGAUCAUCCUGCAAGAGUCUUGCACGGUGCCCUGCCCAGGUGAGUGUUACCUGACAGACUGGACUGUGUGGAGCCCGUGUCAGCUGAGCUGUAUCAGCGGGGACGAUCUGGGCUUCGGUUCGAUGCAGGUGCGUUCUCGUGCUGUUCUAGCUCAGGAACCUGAGAACCUUCUUCAGUGCCCAGAACAGGAAUGGGAAGCCAGGCCAUGUACAGAGGGCCAGUGUUAUGAGUACAAAUGGAUGACCGGUCCAUGGAAAGGCUCGUCUCGACAAGUCUGGUGCCAGCGCUCUGAUGGAUUGAAUGUCACAGGUGGAUGCCUGUUGACAAGCGAGCCGGUAUCUGACAGGUCAUGUGACCCAGCCUGCGACAAACUUCGCUCCUACUGCACUGAGGCUGGUGUGUGUGGCUGUGAGGAGGGUUACACUGAGGUGAUAACGUCUGAUGGAAUGUUGGACCAGUGCACGGUCAUACCGGUGCUUGAGAUCCCCACCGCAGGAGACAGUAAGGCUGACGUGAAGACGAUCAGAGCCCUCAACCCCACUCAGCCCUCCGCCAACCUGCCAGGCCGCUCCGGACGCACCUGGUUCCUGCAGCCCUUCGGACCCGAUGGCAAACUGAAGACCUGGGUGUAUGGUGUGGCAGCUGGAGCUUUUGUACUGCUAGUGUUCAUUGUCUCUAUGACUUACUUAGCCUGCAAAAAGCCAAAGAAGCCCCAGAGAAGACAGAUGAACAACAGACUCAAGCCUCUGACGCUGGCUUACGAUGGCGACGCUGAUAUGUAGCCUAACCACGUUUGCUUCGUACUACAGAUACUCGCCUCCUUUCACAGUCGGCCAUCGGUGCAAGCCUCGAACUAGGAGACUCGCACAAAUUCACCGACUGCUUUUUAUAAAACGCUAAUGGAACCUCAGAGAGAGACUCGAUCCAUGUUUAUAUAAUGUUUCUCCCCCCUCCUUUUUUUACGUUCAAGGUUUUUUUUUUUUUACUUUAUUUCACGAGAGCCUUCAUAAACUCUUCACAAAUCUUCUUCAGGAAGUCUGCCUUCACCUCUCUGCCAUUGACAUCUUGCUGUAACAUAGACUUGCAGGACCCUUUUUAAAUAUAAAGACGUUUUUUGCUGAGAAAGCACAAAAUAUGCCCGUCUCCUGUUUAGUCGCCCUUUUUGUCAGCUCUUGCAAUAUGUACAUUGUCUGUGGCUAUUGGGAGGUCGCAUGUUCGUACAACCAAAAUACACCAAUUAACUUGCUAGUCGAAUUUUCAGCCCUGAAACGUUCUUUGAUUUCUGUCGGAUCCUUCUUCGCAUCAAUAUUAUGUGAUCAGAAGGAUUAAAGACUGCAGAUUGAAUGGGCUCACUAGCGCCCCUAUAUAAACUCUGGCCUGCCUUUCCUCCUUUCUGUAUUCAGGCUCCAUUUUGCACUAUAUUAGUGCAGCAUGAACAUUUACUUAUAGCAUUGCCAUAGAAAACUGCCUCUCGCAAAGCAAGAUGAUGUACAGUCUUGUGCUAGACACAUUUCUUACAA